UCAUUUUUACCUAAUCUAACACGCAUUUUUCCCGAGAAAAACGAAAGAUCGCAGAAAAAAGGAGAAGAAAAAAUAGGUUUAUUUGAAAAUGGGAGGCAUAUGUGAAAGGUACCUAAUCUUAUCUAUGAAAAGACGACAGCAGAGAAAAGAACUUUUGUGUUUUCUCCAGCAAACGGAUAAAAAGAGCUGGAUGCGUGUGUGGACGAGAGAAACAAUGUGUAAUAUUCCGAUGCAUGAUUCUUAAUCUUUGUGAGAAAUCCAUCUGCUGCAUGGGAUUUAUGAAUUUCUUUAGAAAAUGCAGACCUUGCAGGCGAGUGAGUGACCAUCGGUGGACAAAUGGAGACCUGAACAUGUCCACCUCCAAUGCAGACGGCGGACGAGGGGAUUCCACAACAGUUGAAGACAAAACAUUCAACGAGACACAAAAGGAAGAUGUUGGGCGUCCUUCCGCUGCCUCAUCGUCCACCGUGGCAUCCAUCCUUCGCCGGAGGAUGUCCUGGGGAAUGUGUCCACUCUUCAGAAACGCUUUCUGGGAUCCCAGCCUGGAGGAUGCCUACCAGAAGUACUCGCACAGGCAGAGAAGAAGAUCAUUGGUCGUCGUCAAUCUCAUGGAUAUCAUCUUAAAAGUGUCUCUCGUGAGUUUCGCCUACCUGAGGGAUGGACUGCAUGGAUUGAUGAGUGUCAACCUGUGGGCUCAGGUUCUUCCAUACCUAGUCAUGAAUUUCCUGUUGUGUUUCUGUGCCUGCAGUCGGUGCUUCUCUCACAACUAUCUGCACUGGGGUGCCCUCAUCACCUGCCUACUUCUCAACCUACAAGCCAGCCUGGACGUGAACGUUGUGUCAGGGUGUGUGUCUUUGAGAGAAGGCACCAUGGAACUGAUGGGUCCAUGGAGGAUUCUAUUCGUGGUGUUUGUCACCUACUCCAUGCUUCCCCUCUCCCUCCUCUGGUGUCUCCUGUGUGGGUGUCUCUCCAGUCUCAGUCACGUCAUUUUUGUCACAUCCAUAGGUUCGACGAGUGAAAAAGACUUCCUCAAAAAAGAAAGAUUAUUGUUGAGCGUCCUUCCAAGAUUUGUGGUGCUAGAAAUGAUUAGGGAUAUGGCGUCUGAUGAAGACGACGAGUAUCAAACUAACAAUAGGAAAAUAUUGUCUGCUCAACAAUUCCACAGAAUUUACAUACACUGCUACGAUCACGUCAGCAUACUGUUUGCUGAUAUUCAAGGUUUCACGGCCUUGGCAUCCAGGUGCUCAGCGCAAGAAUUGGUGCAGGUGCUCAACGAUCUUUUUGCUCGAUUUGACAGACUCGCACAAGAAGAGCACUGUCUGCGCAUCAAAUUGUUGGGUGAUUGCUACUACUGUGUGAGUGGACUUCCAGAACCGAGAUCUGACCACGCCCACUGUUGCGUAGAGAUGGGACUCCACAUGAUACACGUCAUCAAGUUGGUUCGAGAAAAGACGAAAGUGGAUCUAAACAUGAGGAUCGGAGUGCAUUCUGGGAGUGUCCUGUGUGGUGUCCUAGGUCUUUACAAGUGGCAAUUCGACGUCUGGUCCAAUGACGUCACGCUUGCCAAUCACAUGGAAUCCGGAGGUAUUGCCGGGAAGGUGCAUAUAUCCAAAGCCACUCUGGAUUACCUUGGAGAUGCUUACGAGGUGGAUCCGGGAAACGGUGAGAGCAGAGAUGCUUACCUGAGGACGCAUGGAGUGGAGACAUUCCUCAUCCGAAAGACCCAUCCUUCAGUCUCACCCUCAAAGUUUUGUCAGUCGUUCAGGGGUUUGAAGAAGGCGAUGUGCAGACAAGACAGCAGAAGUGAUGAAGACGUUGGCUGGAAUCCCGAAAUACCCUUCGAAAACCUGGAUUGCAUGAGGGCUGACUCUAUGGAUGAAGAAACGGCACCCCUUCCUCCGGCCAGUGAGGAGGAGAGGGGGAAAAGCAUUAGAAAAACAUCCACCCACAGGCCCCUCACCCCUACUGUCAGUGAAGAGGUUGAUGAGCUGAUCGAACAGUCCAUAGAGAUCGAGUCCAACAAGAAAAUGCGGAAAGACCACCUGUCUUGGUUCAGCCUCGCUUUCAAAUCGCCAGACACUGAAACAAAAUUUCAUCAGAUCAGAGACAGAGUGUUUCGAUCGAAUACUUCAUGUGCCUUUGCUGUCUGGAUUUUCGUGGCCCUCAUCCAAGUCGUCAUGACACCCAACUCUCUAGUGACUGUGUCAGUUUUUCCUGCCGUCACCCUUUUCUUGGCUGCUACAUUUGCUGCAGUUUGCGCCUCGACGGCACUGGCACCUUCUGCCGGAUGGGCACGAGUUCUUGAGUCAGCCCUAGACAAUCGUAGACCGCUUAGGAAUGCCAUUUUCUGUGCCACAGUGGCUGCUAUUGUGAUUGGUGCUACUGCAAACAUGUUUUCUUGUGAGAGACACAUAAUGUUAAAUGUCACCGAAACUGCUGUGGAAACAAACAAUUUAGCCUGUCAUCAUCCCCAAUAUUUUGUGUUGAGCUGGAUCUUAACUAUGGUGGCUUGUGUAUCCUUCCUGAAAGUGCAUUACCUCCUGAAACUUGGACUUCUCUUCCUUAUGCUCACCAUCUACCUACUCCUCAUGCUACUCCUAUUCCGUGACAUCUUCGAGGGAUUCUGCGAAAGAAAGAACUGCGUUUCCUUGAAGCUCCGAGCAGUUGUUCUAUUGGUCAUUUUCUUUUACAUGGUCAGCUAUCACUGCAGAUUGAUCGAGAUAACGUCUCGGUUGGAUUUCUUGUGGAAACUUCAGGCUCAAAAAGAGUUGCAGGAAAUGCGAGAACUGAGGCAGCAUAAUCAGCAAUUGUUGAAAAAUAUUCUACCCGAUCAUGUCGCAUCCUACUUUCUUCUCCAGGACAGAAAUUAUGAGGUAAUGACGAAAGAGUUGCUGGAUGAGGAACGUUUCAGGCCGUUAGAGAAAAUAAAGACCAUAAGCAGUACUUAUAUGGCGGCAUCUGGUCUUAAUCCCAGUAGAAAGGGUCCGGAGGAGUGGGGUCACCUGACGGCGUUGGUGGACUUCGCUUUUUCUAUGCGUGAAGCACUCGACGAACUUAACAAGCAUUCUUUCAACAACUUCAAGUUACGCAUAGGAAUCAGCCACGGCCCCCUGGUGGGCGGAGUGAUUGGUGCCAAAAAGCCAGUUUAUGACAUCUGGGGAAAUACUGUGAAUGAAGCCAGCCGCAUGGAUUCAACGGGUACUUUUGAUAAGAUUCAGGUACCUAAGGCGACAGCUCAGAUUCUAGAAGCUCACGGUUAUCUUGUCCAGUACAGGGGACUGGUAGCGGUGAAAGGAAAAGGUGAAAUGGAAACAUACUACGUCCUGGGGAGGCGUCGCUCAGUUGGAAGGCAGAUGUCAGUGGGUCGCCAUCCCAGUGUACACAAAAGCCUGGCAGCAGUCGUAUAUGGACUUGUUCGAGCCCGCAAAAAGGGUCUCGGGUCAAGUCUGAGUGUUCCUAGUCCUCAGAGGCGCCUGGCAGCACAGCCUCUGGUGCCGCCCUCUCGUCACAAACUUCAGAGAAUUCUAUCUGAAACACCCCACCCAGGUAGGAGAAAACGGAUGCGUGAACGACGCAUGACGGAUGCCGGUGGCAGUAGUCACUCUUACCCGGACAUGAGGAAUGUUGUGAUUGAUCUCGAUCUGAAAGGAAUUUCUUGACCUAAAUGUUCUGCACACGACACUCCCUCCCACCCUCAUUGUGAUAUUUCAUGAAAGCGUUGCGUCAUUUCCUUGUGAAUUGUUUCAUUGUUCCACGG